UGCUACUUUUGUGUUGUUUUGAACAAGCCGGAUAGUUUUCAGUCGGGUGGUUUAGCCACAUCAGCCACAGAGUCCACUGUGCUCAUCGAGGAUUCCGUCCAUGCACAAUGAAGUGCACAUUUGCAAUAAUUUUGUUCGUCCUUUUCGCCGGUUUCAAUGCGAAAACAGCCACGGAUAUCAAAACAGUAAACGAUGACGCUCUUGUGAAACUUUUUCAUAGCCACAGUAAUUUCGUGGUACUGUUUUCAAAAAAUAAUUGCGGUGAAUGCAAGAAACUAGAACAUGUCUUAGGUAAUCUAAAAGAAGAGAUUAAAGACAAUCUGGAGGCAGAAAUCGUUAUAGCUACUAAUAGUCAAAUGGUACGCCUUUACAGUCCAACGAAAGAACCUGCCGUGGUGUUUUUUCGCCACGGUGUUCCUCUGCUUUACGACGGUCCAAUUACCGAAGAUGCAUUAAUUGGAAAAUUGCUACAAAAUAAGGACCCUAAUGUAAAGGAAUUAUCUGAUGACAAUUUUGAACACCUCACUCAAGCCUCUACAGGAGCCACAACCGGAGAUUGGUUCAUCAUGUUUUACACUGCUAAUUGUGUCGAUUGUCAACGGCUAACCGCAGUUUGGGAAGCAGUCGCUGCUGCUCUUAAGACACGCAUGAACGUGGCAAGAAUCGCAAAAGAUGGUAAAGGCAGUUCAACAUCGGAACGAUUCAACGUAAAAGAAGUGCCAUCUUUCAUUUUUCUGCGUCAGGGAAAAUUUUAUCGAUAUGAUAUUGGGAAAUAUGAUAUCAAAUCUUUUGUAACUUUUGCCCAGGACUGGUACAAGAAUACCACUCCAGAGAAGGUUCCAGUACCACCAACUCCUUUCGAUCAGUUGGUUGGACACACCGUUUACUAUCUUAAAUACGGUUUGGAACUUGUCGACACCCUAUACGAGGAUCACCCAACGGUGUAUUACUCUCUUCUAAGCCUGAUUGUUUUUGUAGUUGUGGGAUUCACUGCAGCUAUUGCUCUUGCAAUCAUCACACAGAUCAAAGCUGUUUCCACAAGCAAGAAGACACGCUCAAAGAAAGCUAAAUAGAAUUAGCUUAGUGAAUAGUUUCAAAGGCUGAAUAUUUGUGAUACCAUCGCAAAACGAACACAUGUGUAACGUGUUAUUUGAAUGAAUAAAUAUUGUUUUGGAGUAUAGGA